AUUCUAUUCUAUUCUAUUCUAUUCCAUUCUAUUCUAUUCUAUUCUAUUCUGUUCUAUUAGAACAGAGACGAAAUUUAUGUUUUAAGAAUGUAUUACUUUUUUUUUAUUAUAUUUAUUUAUUUAUUUAUUUAUUUUUUCAUAGUUUCAGAUCGUAAAAUGCGACAGACAGUGAUCCUCAUCGAUCCAUAUUAUAUAGUUUUAUAUAUAUCUAUGUGAUUUAUUCGUUUUGUUCUUUAGUUUAGUUUUUUUUUUAUUUUUAUUUCCUUUUUUAUUUUUGUGAUAUUACGUUUUUCAUUUCGUUCGCAAUUAAAAAUGGCGCCAAAUUCGUUACACUCGUCUCGUUGAUUUCAUUUCGAAUUGCGUGCAACUUUUAUUAAUAUUAUUUAUUUUUUUAUCGAUACGUAUAUAUGUGUGUGUGUGUAUAUAUGUGUGUAUGUAUUUUGAAUCAGUGAUUUAGAUUAUUUUAUAGAAAUUAUAAAAGUAUGAUCGAAUUAAUAAGAUUUUUAUUAUUUCAUCGUUAAUAAAAAAAUGGACUCGUCCGAUAAGAGGUUAAUUGAACGAAUAAAGAAAAAACAAAUGGACUCGUCCAAUCAGAAUUCGGUUGGAAGAAAAGAAAAAGUGGACUCGUCCAAUAAAAACGUUAGUUGAAAAAUAAUGGACCCGUCGCGAAAUAUUCAAAGUUACGCGCAGAGGAGAUUAGAGAAAAAAAAUAUUUCGAAAGUGAAAAUAUUCAUCCUACUUCGUCGAAGAGAUUAUUUUCAGAAAGUUCAUUCGUUCGAGUUUGAUGAAAAGAAUUCAGUAAAAAAAAAAAAAAGAAGAAGAAACAAAAAUGACGAGGAAUUUUUAUAUCAUAAACUCAUCCAAAACUGUAUAAUACAUUUGAAGGCGUUGUUGCGUUGGAAUUUAUUCAUGGCGGCGAUGGCGGCGGCUUCCCUUUCAAACUUAACGAGACCAACUACAUUCAACGUUAUCUAGUACAAUAUAUAACCGAAAGGAAUCACAGGAUAUAUACAGAUAUAUAUAUAUAUAUGUAUAUAUCUGUAACUACAUACAUACUUCGGGUAUAUUGAUGAUGACGCAGAGAACGAGGAAAUUAGGCGAACUGGCUGAGAGUGUACGAAUACGAAUAUAGUUUUAUAAAACAAGAGGAAACAAUGAACGAGUGAGUACUGGACGAAAGCAUUUAUUUAACCAGGUAUAACUUUUAUUAUUAUUAUUA